AUGGGCGAUACUAGUUACGAUACGAGCGCUGGAUCCAACCCACAGCCGAAAUCGGUCGUCGCGGACCACGGAUACUCGCAUGCGCUCGAUACAGAUAUUGAUGAGAGUGAUACGGAGGCGACACAUGGAGGUUCGUUUGCUUCGCGCAUGCGUCCCCGCGCGACGAAAAAGCGCACGUCGCCAGCGCCGCUCUUUUUUCCGGAGAGCGAGGAAGAGGGCCAAGUGCAGUCGCCGCGCCAGAGCCGUAUGGACAAGUUGCGUGCUCUCGCACAGAAGCGUGCAAGUGUUCGGCAGCCUUUGUCCGAAGAGGACGUGGCAGCGUCGAGCGUCGAGCAAAACGUCGAGCCGAACCCUCCUCUUUUGGAAGAGGUCGAGAGCGACUCUUCGGUUGAUUUGGAGGCCGCUGCACCCAAGGCACGACCGAUCAAAGGUCUUUCGCGCAAAGAGCAGCGCGAGAUGCAUAGCAUGUCUGCCGCACUGCGCCGCAAACAGCGCAGCGGAGUCGCACGCCGCGAGCCGAAAAAGUACCCGCUCUCGGAGCUCCUCAGCAUUAUCCAGCACACAGAGAGCGCCGUGCCCGAAAUGCAAAGCCGUGCAGGACCGAGCUCCGAUCCAGUGGAAUCCUCGUCCAGUGCCGGGCUGCAGCAUUCCACACCCGAGCGCGCCUUCCCGCGACAGAAUGCAUUGCCUGUUGCCGGCGGCGUAUUUACCGAUUCUGAAAACGAUCGGCUGCAGAGAAAAUGGGCCAUGCUCAAAGAACAGCAGCCAGCUGCCGAAGAGAGCGAUAGCGAUUUGGAGGUGGUUUCCUUGCACCCGCAGGCUCAGCAGCGCAACGCACACUUUCGCGCCGCGCCCAACGAUCUUGUGCGCGAGGCUGCUGAAGCGUCUUUUCGGCGCUUGGAUGCAAGUCCCGUCACGCCACGCACUCGCCGGGUAGCCACAAGCGAGUACCGCUCGCCGGAUGCAGGAGCUCCGUCCGUGGCACGGAUUACCGACGAGCAGAUGAAUGUAUCCGCGCACACCUUUGCACUUGCAGCCGAGCGCGAAGUCGGAAAAGUGCCGCUCAGCUCGCCAGUGCGCGUUGAUGAGGGCGCUGCACACAACUCGCCUGUGCGACUGAAGCAAGCACCGGUCGUGAUGGACCAGGUGCAGCUGAACGCUACACUACUGCGCAAGACACAGGAGCAAAAUGCAAAGAUUGCAGAAACGAAACAAGCGACGCGGCACUAUGGAAAGCGUGCAUCGACAGAGGCGCCUGACACCCACGCUGACUCUGACAUGGAAAGCGACGUGAGCGUCCACGCUGACGAACCUGAAAGUGGGGAGAACGAUAGCUCGGGCAACUCGGAAAAGGAAAAUGUGCCGCUACCGCCCGCCAAUGAGCCGGAUGUAGGCCGCUUCUGUGUGCCGACACAGCGCGCUUCGCCCGAAAAUAGUGCGCUUUUGCGCACACUGCAAAGCAGGACCGACUCCAACAGCUCUGUUCUUGCGCAAUUCUUUGAAAACACACCGGACCAGUCACAACGCGGCGCUUCCUUGGACCUUUUUGCGAAUCAGCGCCGCGCUGCUCCUGUCGGUGGCAUGACCCAAUUCUUCGACCCGACUCCGCUAGACACCUCGAGAAGCCAGGAAGCCAUGCCUCCUCCACGAUCCAAGAGCGGCGAUGGGUUUGCUGCGCUGCGCCAUGCCCAAGCACAAGAAGCAAAUGCGCUGCUCUCGCCGGAAAUGCUCCCUUCGCUCGAUCCUUUUGUGGAGCAUGGCGACGAGCCAUUGCACGAGCAGAGCCGACGUCCGAGUGCAAGCCAAGUAAUGAUGUACAUCAAUCCCGACGGCUUCUUUACACAAACGAAACCCGACGAGUUUGGCGCGUCGCAAAACACGAAUCGUUCCUGGCUUUUGCCCUCGCAGAUGGGCCACGAAACAAAAGAUAUGUUUGGCGAUGCGCCCCGUGCGUCUCAACGCGCCUCAUUUGACGAGGCAAAAGAGGGCGCAUUUGAGAACGUUUCCGACACACUUAGCAUGCCCGACUCGGACGAAGAAUCCGAUACGCUCGCCGCAGACACGCAUGCAAAAUGGGCUCAUUUGCUCUCCCAACCAAAACCAGCCAAGAAGCACCGCCCAAAGAAUGCGUUUGUUUACGGCGAAGCGGAAGAAUCGGAAGAUGAAGAGCACAAUGCCGAGCAUGGCGGCUUGGCGGGCGUCUUCAGCGACCACGCCUCCGAAGACGAGGAAGGUUCUGACGACGACGCGGACCUCGAAAGUCUCUUGGACGAUGACCGCGAGGAGGAUGAAAAUGAGAAGAACCAAGUGGCAUUGGAACGCUACUUGCAGCACCGCGAUGAGGACGACGCAGCCGCGCUUGCAGUGCAUGAACGCGCGAUCAAAGGCAUGCUUCGCAGCCGACGUCGGCGCCAAGAUGACACGCUUGGCGAUCUGCUCGACGAGGACGCCGACGAGGACGAACUGCGGCGCAAACUGUGCGCGCGCAAACUGGCAGGGGCUAAGCGCCGGCGCAUCGAUGGAGACGGAAUGGACGAGCUGGCUUCGCGCCAAGACGCACAAGCCUUUCUCCACGCUUACAAUGAAUCGCACGCUACCGAAGAAACGAUGCGCUACGGAUUCUUGGAGCCAGCCAUGGAGGCAAGCGACGACGAAGAGCGCGUUACUAUGCAAGACAUUCGGACCCAACUCCAGAAGCGCAUACGCCAAGAGCAGCUCGAGGCUGAAAGCACUGAAGACGAGGCAUCCGUCGACGAAGAUGCGUUUGUGCAAGAGAAAUUGCGUGAGCGCCACCGCAACCAUCCUGUGGCGGCCGAGAGUGACGAUGAGGCGCAGCAUGAGCGCUUGCUUUUUAAGCAGGCGUCCCUCGAUCUCACCUCACUCCCGCCCGAGCUGCGCGAAAAGCGCGAGCGGAUCCUCGAGGAGUACAGCAACGAGCCAAACUGGCGUGAAGAACGCGGCGGCCGCGGCGGCAUCGACCGGCGCAGAAAAGCACAAGGAAAGCAAGUCGCAGCGCCGCUUCCUGCGCCGCGCCCUAGCGGCCCUGUACGCUCCGCACCUUCUGUCCUCGUCAGCGCAGUGCUCCACCGCACAUCCCAAUUUGACCGCACGCAUGCCACAUAG